GAUCCCAAUGCAUGAUUUCAUUACCAUGGUGAUGAUCUUAACCAAAACGCUGGAAAACAAAGGUGCUGACUCUGUGACAUGCAGGACUGAGCUGCACACUCCAAAGAUGAGUCAAGGACCUACUCUCUUCUCCUGUGGAAUUAUGGAAAAUGACAGAUGGAGAGAUCUCAGCAGGAAGUAUCCACUUCAAAUUGAGCAACCUAGUACCAUAAUCUGGGACUGUGUGCCUGAUAAAAGUGAAGAUGGCUCAAUAUGGCACAGAGAGGCAGCUAACACUUGUUCAGUGACCAACUUGAUCAAAGACCUCAGUCUUAGUGACCAUAAUGGCAACCCAUCAGCACCUCCCAGCAAACGCCAGUGUAGGUCACUCUCUUUUUCUGAUGAAAUGUCUAGCUGCAGGACAUCAUGGAGGCCUUUAGGGUCAAAGGUCUGGACUCCUGUAGAAAAGAGACGGUGUUAUAGUGGGGGAAGUGUCCAGCGCUAUUCCAAUGGCAUCACCACCAUGCAGCGGAGUUCAAGUUUCAGCCUCCCUUCAAGGUCAAACAUGCUUUCCUCAUCAUAUGACCAGUCUGGAUUUAGCAACAAAUUUGGAUGUCAGCCAUGCCAAGGGCUGAGGAAGUCAACCACCUGUGGGCAGGCAGGUGACAUCUGGGGUUAUGAUCACAAUUCUGUAGAUGGUAACCGGUUGGACAUGCAGAGGUCCCUCUCCUGUUCACAUGAUCAGUUUUCCUCUUCAGAAUAUUGUGCACCCUCAGCAAACAGCACACCUGCCUCAACACCAGAGCUGAUGAGACGCUCCCACGGGCUGUCGCGAAGCCGAUCACAGCCCUGUGUCCUUAAUGAUAAGAAGGUUGGAGUUAAACGACGACGGCCUGAGGAGGUUCAGGAACAAAGACCCUCAUUGGACCUUGCCAAGAUGACCCAGAAUCGUCAAACCUUUAACAGCCUUAGCUGCCUUAGCACCACAGUGGACGACUGCGCUCAGCAGAAUCAGUUCUGCCCUGGUGUCAACAGCCCCAAGUCAUGGACAGCAUCUCCUUCCUCCUCUGAUGUCAUGCCAGGCAGGACACCAGCCUGCACCCCCGUGCCAGAGCCGCACUCAAACGCAGAAGAACAUAGAGUUAGCAAAGAUGACCUCUCUUGGGAAGAGUCAGACUAUUGUGCCACGGAAGAUGAGAGCAGUAGAAAAGAAGAUGAAAGGGCUUCAUGGAAGAGUAGUGGAACAGGGGGGCGGAAUGUCUUUCCGCUAGAUGGUGAAUUAGACAUUGAGCAAAUAGAAAACAAUUAAAGGAUAUUGUUUGCGUCAGGCUUUGGGGAUGUGAAUUAAGAACAGCGAGUAGUAAAAUCUUCUAGGUUUAAUACUUGGGUUAUACUGUAUUUAGGCAUAAAAGCAAAUCAAUGUUCUCAUCCUAUCAGCAAUAGGAGACAAAAGCAGCCUUGCCAAAAUUUCAUCAGGUAUCCUGAGCAAUUUUUUUUUUAAAUCUUGAAAUUCUAUGUAACUACUGUAGCCAGAUAUCAGCUAGUUUGGUGAAAAUAGGCUUUGGAAAGAAGCAUUCUAGAGACCUCCAAACUGCAUUUUUCCCCCUCCACCAUUAAGUCAACAGCUUUUAGUAAACUUGAAAUUGCAGGUGUUGGAGUAGCUGCAAUUUCUUAGUGAAUAUGUGUGUUUAGAUUUUUUUUUUUUUUAAGGACUGGAAAAUAAAGUACUGGUUUUGAUUCACAAACUAGGUACUGUCUAGUACAGAGAGCUAGACUGAGAGGGGCUGUGUUAUGCCACAAUGGGACCCUCCUCAGCCUGGGCUUUCUGGGCAGCAAGCUAUAAGGAAUGUUUCAUUUUAAGUGAUUCAUACCCCUUCUUCUGAUUCCAUACUGCACCUUAGACACUAGGAGAGGGCAGAUUGCAAGGGGGUGAUGAAUCCUUAGUUUAACCUUUCAGCCUGGAGAUCAUUAUUCAGCUCAAGUCUGAGUGAGGGAUCUUAUAACUGAAACCCUGCAGUCUGUCUUAGGCAACACUUCUACAGUCAUAACCACAGAAUCAUCCCAUAUUGCCUUGCCAUAAAGCCUUUUUAGUCCUGCAGUCGUCAACAGAGCCAUGAGAGGGAAAUCACAAGCAUAGUGCUUGACAUUUGAUCAUGAACACAGCAAAAGAUUUAUAUUUUCAGUUUCCUUAAUUCAACGAAGGCAGAGGGUAGGGAAUGCACAAUAAAAACAACCCCCCUGGGGCCAGAUCAACAGCUGACAUAAGUUACCUUUGACAUCAAUGGAGUUAUGCCUGUUUACACCAGCUGAGGAUCUGGCCCAUGUCUCAGUGUUUGGGAACUUCAGGUCAGUGUUAGAGCUGUGCCAGGCAUUAGCAUAAGAGCAAAUUCUGCCGUUUCCAAGUUGCUAUUAGACACAGCUGCUUUAGUGUUCUUCCUUUCAAGCCCCUCUUUUAGACCCAGUGGAAAAAUAGUCCAGCUUUCUAUUGGGCUUGUGAAAGCAAGGCUUUUAGAAGAGGCAGCUCAGUGUUUGGCAGGUAACAAGAGUUCUAAUGGUGACUGUUCUGAUCUCGCUCCCAUACCAGCGUCAGUCUGAGAUCUCCAUUGUAGUCAGUGGAGUGAAGCCAGUAGAAAACUGGUAUAAGGGAGAUCAGAACUGGAGACCUAACAAUAAAACAAAACAAACGUCCCAAAGGCUCAGAUUUUCGUAGAUGUCUUUGUCCAGUGUGAUAAGAGUACAUUUAUUAAAGCCUUUGUGCUUGUCGGGCAUGUCUGGCAGGAAACAGGGUGAAAUUCUGAGCCAGUGGCAAAACUCAGUGGCUUUAAUGGGGGAAGGGGUAGGAUUUCACGUUUAGUUUUGCUGAAGGUACUUCAUCACUGUAGGAGAGUCCAAGUGAGUCAUUUGCCUCUUUUUGAAGCACUCGUGUGAAAGCCUGUCCAAGGUUUCAUACACCAAAAUCUUUUUGAUUACUCCUCUGCCUCUACCGACAUCUUGCCAGCCUUUUCUCCAGUACUUCUAACUUCAGGGAUGUGAUAUUUUUUCUUUCUUUUAAGGGUUCACAUGUUUGUUUUACAUUUGGCAUGGAACUCAUAAUGACUGUGAGCCGACGUACAGAACACGGCCGGCACAAAGCAUCUGGUGCAGCAUUCGCCCUGUCUAAACCGAUGGACAGCUUAAUCUUACUGCACUUGAGGAUUUCCACAGUGCCAAUGCUGUACAGGGCUUGUCGCCAAUGGUCAUCCAUGUUGUUUGGGUGUAAGCAAUAGGCGAGAUGAGAAACCGCUUGCCAGUCACUUAGGAUUGGUUUUAUUACGUGGUUUACCAAAUCACAGAAAUAAAACACAUUCAUUCAGAGAGGGUUUAACCCCUGUCCCGCUAACAAAUCCAGAUUUUCCAUGCUUUCGUUUGGCGUGUUUUACUGUGAAAUGGUUUGAUAUUAAAUGCAGUCUGAUUAUUUGACAAAAGUAAGCUCUCAAGAUGUUGAAAAGCCAGGUAGCAGCACUGAAAGCUUUCCCUUUCCCUGCCCCCAUUUUCAGCAACGAUAAAGUGGUGAACAUUACGUUUAUACAAUUUAUUAUACCUUUUACCUUUGGAAAAUAAGCUGUUCACUUGUUAACAGGUCUAUGAGGAAACAAUCUUUUCUUUUCUUUUCUUUUCUACUUAUAGGAGAACAAUAUCCUGGAUAUGGAAUUUUAAUCACAUCUUCUUAUGUUACUGCACUUUUUUUCUGCAGUGGUUCAAGAUGUGUAUAGCAUCUAGUAUCACAGUGGAAUCCAUCCAGUUUUACAGCUUUAUAAUGUGUCCAGUCAAAUUGCACAGAGUGGUUUGUUUGUAACAAUGUUAAUUUCAGCCCUCUCUCUAGAUAUGAUGCUGGCACAAAGUGGAAGCCAAACAAGUAAUAAUUUUGGGGGGGAUGAGGAUGAUUUUAUUUUUAAUGUUCUGGAAUUACACAGCUCCGUGAAAACAGUAUUUUGUUCAAUGCAUUAAUCAAGAAAACACACCUUAUCUAAAUCCUUUAGACACAUCAUUUUGAAAGUGUGCAUUCAGAUGGUUGUAUGCCCGAGUUGUGGGUGCAUAAAGGUAAUCAUGCACACAUUGAAUUUUGCAUUCAGAAGUGCAUUCUGGGACAUAUGCACAAUAUCACCUGGGACACAUGCACUUUUGUGUGCACACUUUUUAAAAGACACACUGACAAAAUAUCAGUUUCCUCAAAAGCCGACUAUCUAUACAGUGAAACCUCUAAAGCAGUGGGUCUCAACCAAGGGGUAUGUGUAGCCCUGGGGGUACGCAGAGGUCUUCCAGGGGGGUACCUCAACUCAUCUAGAUCAGUGUUUCACAAACUGGGGGGCAUGGAUUGGGAGGGUUGCGAGUGCAGGGUGGGUGUUAGGGGGUGGCAAGCAGGGCAUGUUACAUGUUACAUGUAAGUUACAUUUUUGGCGGUGCUCAGGCUUGAGCUCCAGGCAGCCGGGCUCAGGCAUGAGACUUCUGAAAGGGGUCCAGGAAUCUGGAAAGGUUGAGAACCGCUGCUCUAAAGGAACUGACAAGAUGAAGAUGCUGUUGGGUAAUGCCCUUCCCAUAAAGAACUGCUACUCAGUUCAGUCUGGGAUGGUGUCUUCUGCUGGAAGACUGCCUAAGAAGGGUGGUUUCCUCACUGUAUGAGAGAAUAUUUUGUUAAUGUUUUAUUGUCUGUUUUACCUUUUAUAGCCACACAUCAUACCAUUUGGCUUCACUGACUAUUUUGAGCCUUCCUGUGCAAGUGAAAUGACUGGUAUUUCCCCUCAAAUGAUAUUUCCUAAACUCUGCUGGUGGUGUAGCCCUGAGACAUCAGUAACAUCAAAUCAGCAACCAGUUGGACUGAUGGAAUAGUGUGCAAACACUCCCAAAUCCUUUACUGUCAGUUCUGCCUCCUGAACUGUUAGUACUGCUCCAACUUCUACAUCACCAUCUUGUUCCCAUUCCCUCUCCUCUGUCAAGAGAUUGCCUCUCUACUGUGUCUCCCGCUGCUGCAGCCCCUUCUUUCUGACCUCUACAGCUCCACAGAGGCCAAUAUUCCCAAGCCUAACAGCUCACAGAUGCAGUGGUGCAGUGGUUUACAGAUGUAGUGCAUUGGACCAUCACCACAAUGCUUCUAGAGUAGCUCUUUAAAAGUAUCUAGAGUAUCUUUUGCUAUGCCGAUUUGUGAAAACCUGGACUGACUUGUUUUUUAGUUGUUUUCUUUUAGAGCUAUAGAAGCACUCUGGUAUUUACAUAUCUCUGACUUUUAAUUCAUAAGGGCUUUUAUUUUUUAAAGGGCUGCUAUGCCAUGUUAAAACAUGCACAGUAGGAAAGUGACCAAAUGGAUCACUACCCAGCUGUAUUCAGCAUAGCAGUAGCAUACAGUUUACAUUGCAGCACAACCUGUUUGCCUUACUAAAGAUGCUUCUACAAUGAGCAAUGGCCUUAGAUAGGCAAAUUAGCAUAGACACAAACUACAUUUAGCAGCAAUUUUAGGCCACCGUGGUGUUUUGUUUUGAGGGUUGGUUUUUUUUGUUUUUUGUUUUGUAUGAUUUUUGUACUGAUUUUCAGGUUAAUAAAGCCUUACUUUAAAAAAAAAACUUCUGUAGAGAUAAAACAUUUCCGGAUUUAUCUGUAUAUUAAAACAACAUAAAAAAUCUGAACUAGAAUAUAGUAUGUGCCUCAGAUUCCGGGGACAUCCUGUUGAUUGUAAAAUUAGAAUGUGUGUUGCUCUUCAGAACACAAUGGAAGCUCAGCAAGAGCUUACACAUGCAGUGACACCAGUUUAAAAACAAUGGAUCCUUAGGGUGAGGAUUUCUUAGCUUUUUAGGACUUCACCAAUAUUACACAGAUGCUUUGAAUAACCCUUACUUCAAAUUCCUACCACAUGCAAGAGUCUGGCACUAUGGAGCAAAUGAUUUUAUAUGCUAGGUAGUUAACAGUCUAAUCAUCAUGGAGAUAGACAGUGACUGAUUUGGAACAUGGAUCAAUUUGGACUACAGACAUUUAAUGAUGACAACAAAAUAUCAACAGCAAUAAAAUGUCAGCAUUCAAUAAAAUUAUUUUUAAAAAGUAUAUUAGUGGAUAAUGUCCUUCUUGUUAGCACCCAUAACAUACUCACAGGGAAUUUGCUGUGUAUUUGCAGGUAUAGCUCAUUGAGGUUGUUCUAUGAAAGAUUGCAAUACAUCUUCAUGUGGAAAAAAGAAGACACAGGAAGUAUUUGUAGAAUAGAUUGUAAUUUCUCACAUAAUAGCCUAUUUGGCCAACAAAGUUGUGUUUCAAGUGCAUUGUUUAAAAAUCCUGGAUGACAGGACAAUGGACUUAUGUAGGACAUUUUAGGAUUGUAGCAGUGCUUUACAGAGUCUUUUUUUGAUGUUUAAGAAUCGAAAGAAGAUGACGGACAAAAAAAGCCUUCUGAAAGCUAUGAACUGAAGUAAGAGUCUCUCCAUGUUAAUUGCACAAAUGCAAAUGUACGUAAAUGUAUACAAAGUUGGAUUUGUAGAAGGUAUAAUCUUUGUUCAAAGACUGUUCUUUCACCUGAAAGUCAAGAGGACUGCUGAUUUGUACUCUCUCAAUGACUUUAUUGCACUAGAGCAACUCAGUCUCAGGAAUUUGCUUGUUACUUUUACUAUGUAAAUAAAGCUUCCUGGUUCAAUAAC